AUGCCAUCACUCCACCAACAGGAACACCAGAGCAACCACAAUGCUGCCGUUAACCGGACAACAGCUUCUCCCUCCCCAACCCCAUCUUCCUCCUCCGCUUCUUCUUUGUCUUCCUCUUUGUCCUCUUCAUCCUCUUCGUGCUCAUCAUCACCUUCUCAUCCACCAGCCAUAGUCCCCAUCUCAGUACAGGUCCCAUCCACAGCUACAGCUCCCUCAGCUAGCGUUGCCUCGACUCCUUGCUGGGCAAUGGACGUAGCUAAGAGAAACAAGAUCCUGAAGGAUUACCGCACCCAGGCUGCUUCAGCUACCUCGACCAUCCUCGCAACUCUCUCAGUGACACCCCUUGAGAAUCUCAAGACCCGAAUGCAGACCCAUGAUUUCAAAAAUCUAACUCACUGCGCUAAAUAUAUCUGGCGCACUGAAGGUUUAAGGGGCUAUACCGCAGGAGCUCUUCCGCCCCUGGCCACCGUGACCAUUGUCCGCGUGACAAAUUUCACCGUCUAUCAAAAUAUAAAGCAUGCCAUAUCUAAGAUAUUCGAGCGGAUCACCGGAGAAUCGCCAUUGGCCACCUACAACACUCCAGGCAGUCUGCCAACAUUUGCUAGUGUAACCUGCUUCACAGUAUCUGGGAUGGUCGGAGGCCUCGCCGCAACCCCUAUAGCUUGCCCCUUCGAAUUGUGCAAGAACGUCGUCCAAACCUCUGUCCUCAUGUCCAAUAGGUCCCUCGCUACAGCAGCAACUGGCCACCCGUCGCUACAUAACAUGCCGCGCAUCGGCACCAUUGACGCCUUCAAACAGAUUGUCGCCCGUCACGGGUACCUUGGUCUAUAUACCGGUGUGCGUUUGCACGCCAUCCGCGACACCAUUGGCACCGGUCUGUACUUUGGCAUCUAUGAGACAUCCAAGCAACUCAUUUCCACCUAUCUUGGGGAGCAUACCUCGCCGUUUGGAGCACCAAUGGUUGCAGGCGCGUUGUCCGGGGUUAUCCCCUGGUGUUGUACCUAUACCUUGGAUACCAAGAAGACUCGUGCGCAGAGUAUCCUGCUUGGCAAGACCAAGGAGAUCGGUGAAGCUACUAUGGCGGUUGCACGAUCCUCGAUGUACAAGGGCAUCUCCGUCUCGAUUGCGCGUACUGCCCUUCAGAACAUGAUUCUUCUGACUACGUUUGAGUAUUUGAAGGUUAAGAUUAACCAGCUCAAGGAGUAG